CGCCUGGGGGAAAAGAUGCCACCGCCGCGUCGCCGUCCCAGCCACCACGUCCUCCGCCUCCUCCUCCCGGCCCUGCUGCUACCCUUGUCGCCCCCAGCCGGCGCCCUCGCGCCCCCCCCGGCCCCCGCCUCCGCUCUGCUCCAGGCUCUCGGGCUGCACCAAGAGACCCGGGGCGCCCCCAUGCUCCGGCCCGUGCCCCCGGUUAUGUGGCGCCUAUUCCGCCGCCGGGACCCCCAGGAGGCCAGGGCAGGCCCCCGACGGACGCCCCCAGGGGCCACCCUGCGACCGUGCCACGUGGAGGAGCUGGGGGUCGCCGGAAACAUUGUGCGCCACAUCGCGGACCGCGGCGCACCCUCCCGGCCCCCGGAGCCCGCCUCGGCCGCGGGCCAGUGCCCCGAGUGGACCGUCGUCUUCGACCUGUCGGCGGUGGAGCCCGUCGAGCUCCCAAGCCGGGCCCGCCUGGAGCUGCGCUUCGCGGCGGCGGCGGUGGCCCCGGCGGGCGGCUGGGAGCUGCGCGUGGCGCGGGCGGGCGCGGGCCCCGGGUCGCUGCUGUUCCUCCAGGCGGUGUCCUCGCUGGGGCCGCCGGUGCGCGCUGAGCUGCUGGGCGCCGCCUGGGCCCGCAACGCCUCGGCGCCUCGCAGCCUCCGCCUGUCGCUGGCGCUGCGACCCCGGACCCCCGCCUCCUGCGCACGCCUGGCCGAGGCCGCGCUGCUGCUAGUGACCCUCGACCCGCGCCUGUGCCACCCCCUGGCCCGGCCGCGGCGGGAGGCCGAGCCCGCCGCGGCCGGGGGCGCGUGUCGCGCGCGGCGGCUGUACGUGAGCUUCCGCGAGGUGGGCUGGCACCGCUGGGUCAUCGCGCCGCGGGGCUUCCUGGCCAACUUCUGCCAGGGCCAGUGCUCGCUGCCCGCCACGCUGCCGGGUCCCGGAGGGCCGCCCGCGCUCAACCACGCCGUGCUGCGCGCGCUCAUGCACGCAGCCGCCCCCGGCGCCGCCAGCCUGCCCUGCUGCGUGCCCGCACGCCUGUCGCCCAUCUCCGUGCUCUUCUUUGACAACAGCGACAACGUGGUACUGCGGCACUACGAGGACAUGGUGGUGGACGAGUGCGGCUGCCGCUGACCCGGGGUG